CUGUCAUGAAUAACCAGGAAUACUGUUUCUGGUUACUUUUAGAACUGGUUUCAUCUGGACUUUUCUGGGCGUAUCCUUCCUCAGCAAAACCAUGUUAGUCUGGGAAAGAUAUUCCCCUGCCUGGAAGCAAUGACAACUUUUAGUCAACACGUUUAUAAAAUACAAAUGAUUUUGGAGCCUGUGACUUCCCUUACAUACUUUUUUCUAGCCUUUUGUGUUCAUUUCCUCAUCCCUCAUGUGAGGGUCAGACAUAUUGGAAAACUGAGGUUUCAAAGUUGGAGAGAUGAAUAAUAACAGGAAAGGGGCUGGGAAAGUUGUAAUCCACCAGUGUAAUAAAUAAUAUUUUGUCCACGAAAGAGAAGGUAAGCCACAACUUGGAUAAUAUGUACUGAGGUCUUUUUUUGUCUGCUCUCAAAGGCAGGCAGCCACGUGAAACUAAAUACCUAACAACUCUCUGCCCUGGCACACAUGCUCCACAUGCACACACAGAAAGGUUGCAAAUCUGCUGCCUCCUUCCCUCCUCCCUAAUCCCCCUCUCUUAGCAUUUCUAUUUCCACUGCCCUCCCCAUCCAAAUUUUCCAGCCAACAGCUGGAGUUGACUUCCGCAAUCCUGGUGGAAUAAAUCCAGCACCCCUAGUCAUCCGCCCACAUUAUCCACACUUCUCUGCUGAGACGAGCCCAGAGAACAGAUCCCCAUCAGCAGGAUGUGGGGGCUCAAGGUUCUACUACUGCUGCCUGUGGUGAGCCUUGCUCUGUACCCUGAAGAGAUGCUGAACACCCAGUGGGAGCUAUGGAAGAAGACCUACAGAAAGCAGUAUAACAGCAAGGUGGAUGAAAUCUCUCGGCGUUUAAUUUGGGAAAAAAACCUGAAGCAUAUUUCCAUCCAUAAUCUUGAGGCCUCUCUUGGUGUCCAUACAUAUGAACUAGCCAUGAACCACUUGGGGGAUAUGACCAGUGAAGAAGUGGUUCAGAAGAUGACUGGACUCAAAAUACCCCCCUCUCAUUCCCGCAGUAAUGACACCCUCUAUAUCCCAGACUGGGAAGGCAGCCCAGACUCUAUUGAUUAUCGGAAGAAGGGAUAUGUUACUCCUGUCAAAAACCAGGGUCAGUGUGGUUCCUGUUGGGCUUUUAGCUCUGUGGGUGCCCUGGAGGGCCAACUCAAGAAGAAAACUGGCAAACUCUUAAAUCUGAGUCCACAGAACCUGGUGGAUUGUGUGUCUGAGAAUGAUGGCUGCGGAGGGGGCUACAUGACCAAUGCCUUCCAGUAUGUGCAGAAGAACCGGGGCAUUGACUCUGAAGAUGCCUACCCGUAUGUCGGACAGGAUGAAAGUUGUAUGUACAACCCAACAGGCAAGGCAGCUAAGUGCAGAGGGUACAGAGAAAUCCCUGAGGGAAAUGAAAAAGCCCUGAAGAGGGCAGUGGCCCGAGUGGGACCCGUCUCUGUGGCCAUUGAUGCAAGCCUGACCUCCUUCCAGUUUUACAGAAAAGGUGUGUAUUACGAUGAAAACUGCAAUAGCGAUAAUCUGAACCAUGCCGUUUUGGCAGUGGGAUACGGGAUCCAGAAGGGAAACAAGCACUGGAUAAUUAAAAACAGCUGGGGAGAAAACUGGGGAAACAAAGGCUAUAUCCUCAUGGCCCGGAAUAAGAACAACGCUUGUGGCAUUGCCAACCUGGCCAGCUUCCCCAAGAUGUGACUUCAGCCAGCCAACCCCAUCCUGCUCUUCCAUUCCUUCCACAAUGGUGCAACAUACUGAUAUACCUUGGAAGGGAAUUGGUGUGCCUUUCUUGAAGAAGAUGUAAUGAUACAGAGAUUGUCUGUUCAGUUUCCAUGUUUGUUUGUGCUUCAAGUGACACUCCUACUACUUUUCUUCUCUCCACCCAAGGUCUUUAUUUUUUCAUUAGAAAUAGGAAAUUUCCCUAACAGGUAUGCAUUCUUAGGCUAAGAGAUGUGACCACAGCCUGCCCUGACUGUGUUGUCCUGGGGCCAAUGCUGUGUAAAUAGAGGCUAGAGAUCUUCAGCUAGGCUACAUUCUCAUUCACAGGGACUAGUUAGCUUUAACCACUCUAGAGGACUAAGGUGACCUGACUUCUCAGUCUCCACAUUUACUUCUAUAUCUUCAAGGUAGAAAUUCCACCCCAUUAAUAAAUCUAUUCAUAAAUCUUUGGUACAAGGUUACAUGAUACAACAAACGUGUUUUGUUUUUCCUUCUUUGCAUUUAUAAAGUAAACUGUAUUUAUCGCUUAUCUCUAAUUUAAUAAAUAGCUAUUUAGUAAACAUUCAUUUUGUGUCAGAUACCAUGCUAGGUGCUGGAGACAAAAAGAUGAACAAAACAUAUUCCUUAUAUGUGAUGUGCUCACAGUUUGUCUGGAGAUUCUGUUGCAUAAACAAUUUGUCCUAAUUCAUUUAUUUGUUCAUUCCUUCAACCAACAUUUUUAUUAUUUUUUUAAUAGAUCUUUAUUGGAGUAUAAUUGCUUCACAAUACUGUGUUAGCUUCUGUUGUACAACAAAGUGAAUCAGCCAUAUGCAUACACAUGUCCCCAUAUCCCCUCCCUCUUGAGCCUCCCUCCCACCCUGCCUAUCCCACCCCUCUAGGUCUUUGCAAAGCACCAAGCUGAUCUCCCUGUGCUAUGCUGCUGCUUCCCACUAGCUAUCUAUUUUACAUUUGGUAGUGUAUAUAUGUCGGUGCUACUCUCACUUCACCCCAGCUUCCCCCUCUCCCGCUGUGUCCUCAAGUCCAUUCUCUAUGUCUACGUUUUUAUUCCUGCCCUGCAGGUUCAUCAGUGAGAUGAACAUUUUUUUUUUUUUUUAGAUUCCAUAUAUAUGUGUUAGCAUAUGGUAUUUGUUUUUCUCUUUCUGACUUCACUCUGUCUGACAGACUCUAGGUCCAUCCACCUCACUACAAAUAACUCAAUUUCAUUUCUUUCUAUGGCUGAGUAAUAUUCCAUGUAUAUAUGUGCCACAUCUUCUUUAUCCAUUCAUCUGUUGAUGGACAUUUACAACCAACAUUUUUAAAGUGCUUACUCAGUAUUAAGAAUUGUACUGAGACUGGUUCAAGAUGGCGGAGUAGAAGGACGUGCGCUCACUCCCUCUUGCGAGAGCACCGGAAUCACAACUAACUGCUGAACAAUCACGGGCAGGAAGACAGUGGAACUCACCAAAAAAGAUACCCCACAUCCAAAGACAAAGGAGAAGCCACAAUGAGACGGUAUCAAGAGCUGCACUGGGGUCUAAAGAUUCUUCCCAACCGCUCCUGUUCCUUUUCCCAUUACCCUUCAGAAGCACUGACCCCCAGUAACUGUCUUGCACUUCUAAUUCCCUCUUGGUGUCUGCUUCUUGGAGGACCUGAACAGACAUAGCCUAUAAAUAACAGAAGACUAGUAUCUAGAAUGUAUAUGUAAAAACAAAUAAACUACAGAUUGAUGAGAUAAAAGCAAAUAACUCAAUAGAAAAUUAGGCAAAAGAUGCAAACAGGCAAUCCACAGAAGAAAUCUAAAAAGCCAAUGAAUACAGGAAAAGAUGCCUGAUCUCAUAGAGAAAGCCAGGGCAUCGCAACGAAAACCCAAAGCAGCCAAAAAAACAAAUAAAUAAAUAAAUAUACUUUAAAAAAAACAGAUGAGGAAGUACUUACCCAUCUUUAGAGACUUUCCCACAUGUGCAUAAGGAGACACACAGAAGAAUACAUUGCAGAAUUACUUGAAAGAGGAAAAGAACCUAGAACAAUCUAAAUGUCCAGCAAGAGAAAAAUGGAUGAAUACACUGUGAAACAGAUACGCUACGGAAUAUCAUGCUGCUGUGAAAACAAAUGAGCCACAGCAAAAAUUUCCACGUGGAAUGGAAGUGAAAAACUGACUUUUGGCUGUGAAAAGUCCUAAUAACAUAUACUUUAUUUAUCUUGAAAAGUUACAAAAAGAGAGAAGUUAAAAAAAAAGAAGAGAGAGACUUGUUUAUCCUCUAGUCUACAGGAAGUAAGUUGACAAGUACUUUUGAUGUGAUUUGUCUUGGCCACACUAGCUGCUGAUGGAGACUAAUUAUGAUUUUGUAAAUCUUUCAUCUAUUAAAAACAGACAGAAAAGUGUAAAAAAAAAAAAGAAUUAUACUAAGUUUCAGGGAUUAAAUGGAUAUAAAAAGAUUUCAAUAUUUAAUUCUAUCUGUAUGGGGACCAGAU